UGGGGUGGGCAAGGAGGGCUCUAGCGUCACGUGCCUGCGCAGGGACCUCAAUAAAUGCCGGCGAGCGCUGGGGAGCAGCGGAAGCGCCUUGCUCCGGGGCUCUGCUCUCGCUUAGACGUCACCCGGCCAAAGCCAGAGGUACCCGCGGAGCUUUCUCCUUGCCCCACCCAGCACCGACGGUUGAGGAGCACAGGGGAGCCCCCACUGCCGAGCGAGCUGCUUUCCGGGGGGGCCACUAACUUCGGAGCUCGCGGCCGCUGCUCCUCCCAGGUUUGCGGGGAGUCAGGGAGGUAGCGGCUGGUCCACAGCAGCCAGCCAGCUCCUUGUUCAGAGUGGCGCGGUGGCCUGGUCCUUUCCCCUCGUUGGCUCUGUGCAGUGCUGAGUGGAGGCUCGGGACAGCUGCAGAGAUCGGCCAUCCCGCUGGGCUCCGCUCUCCGGGGGAACAGCACACUGGAGAGCCAAAAGGAGUGGACGAGCCUGUCUUGGAGAUUUUCCCAGGGAAACCCCGAGGCCGGUCAUUAUGAUGUGUACAGCACGGGAGUGGCUCAGAGUGACUGCACUCCUAUUCAUGGCUAGAGCUGUUCCAGCUAUGGUGGUUCCUAAUGCCACUUCGUUGGAGAAGCUUUUGGAAAAGUACAUGGAUGAGGAUGGUGAAUGGUGGACAGCUAAGCAAAGAGGGAAAAGAGCCAUCACAGACAAUGACAUGCAGAGCAUCUUGGAUCUCCAUAAUAAACUGAGAAGUCAGGUGUACCCAACAGCUUCUAAUAUGGAGUAUAUGACGUGGGAUGUGGAGCUGGAAAGAUCCGCGGAAUCCUGGGCUGAAACAUGCCUGUGGGAGCAUGGACCUUCAAGCCUGCUGCCCUCCAUCGGACAGAAUUUGGGAGCACACUGGGGAAGAUAUCGACCACCAACCUUUCAUGUACAAGCGUGGUAUGACGAAGUGAGAGACUUUAGCUACCCAUAUGAGCAUGAGUGCAAUCCUUAUUGUCCUUUCAGAUGCUCUGGCCCUGUUUGCACACACUACACUCAGGUGGUGUGGGCAACCAGCAGCAGGAUAGGCUGUGCCAUCAAUCUUUGCCACAGCAUGAACAUCUGGGGACAGAUAUGGCCCAAGGCCGUCUACCUGGUGUGCAAUUAUUCUCCCAAGGGAAACUGGUGGGGCCACGCGCCUUACAAACAUGGAAGGCCCUGCUCGGCUUGCCCACCCAGUUUUGGAGGAGGCUGUAGAGAAAACUUGUGCUACAAAGAAGGAUCAGACAGAUAUUACACCCCUCGGGAAGAAGAAACAAAUGAAAUUGAACGGCAACAGGCUCAGGUCCAUGACACACAUGUCCGGACAAGAUCAGAUGACAGUAACAGAAAUGAAGUUAUCAGCACUCAGCAGAUGUCUCAGAUUGUUUCUUGUGAAGUCAGAUUGCGAGACCAGUGUAAAGGGACCACCUGUAACAGGUAUGAGUGCCCCGCUGGCUGUUUGGACAGUAAAGCUAAAGUCAUUGGGAGUGUACAUUACGAAAUGCAAUCCAGUAUCUGCCGAGCUGCCAUACACUAUGGGAUAAUAGACAAUGAAGGCGGGUGGGUAGAUGUCACCAGACAAGGAAGGAAGAGCUACUUCAUCAAAUCGAACAGAAACGGUGUUCAAACAAUUGGCAAAUAUCAUUCAGCUAAUUCUUUCACCGUUUCUAAAGUGACAGUUCAAGCCGUGACAUGUGAAACUACAGUGGAACAGCUCUGUCCAUUUCAUAAACCUGCUUCACAUUGCCCAAGAGUAUACUGUCCUCGCAACUGCAUGCAGGCAAAUCCACAUUAUGCUCGUGUAAUUGGAUCCAGAGUCUAUUCUGAUCUGUCUAGUAUCUGCAGAGCUGCAGUCCAUGCUGGGGUGGUUCGAAAUCACGGUGGCUAUGUGGAUGUCAUGCCUGUGGACAAAAGAAAGAUGUACACUGCGUCUUUUCAGAAUGGGAUCUUCUCAGAAAGUUUACAGAACCCUACGGGAGGAAAGGCAUUCCGUGUAUUCGCUGUUGUGUGACAGGGAACACUUGGAAGGGGAUCGGAAAGACUGCUCCAAAUGCCACAUUUCUGAAGUUUGUAUACAACUGUAACAUUACUGUACAGAAGAAAGCAAGUGUUGCCAGCCCAGCCCCAGAGUGCAAAUACGUUCCACUCUUGAUAAACAAAGUCUAUAAAAUAAAACAUGGGACAAUAGGUUUGGGGAAAGUAAUGAACAUUUACUGGUUUUAGAAAUCCUGUGUUAAAUAUUGCUAUAUUUUCUUAGCAGUUAUUUCUACACUUAAUUUCAUAGUCGUGAUGUUCUACAUUUCGUAUAUUUUAUUAUAUGGUGCUUUGUAUAUGCCACUAAUAAAGUGAAUCUAAACUGAAUGUGAAUGGACCUUAAAGAAUUAUCUGUUGCAUUGAAAAUCAUUCAACCCUAAAACUGAACGAAAUGUUUAAGUCAAUUUUUUAAAUUAAAUUUUUAUUUUUUAUAUUAAUUACAGUUUAGACACUUUGUAUGCAACUGUAGACCCCUCCCUCAUUCCCUUCCAAUCCUACCCUCCCUCCCUCAUCUCCCAUUCCCCUCUCCAAGUCCACUGACAGGGGAGGUCCUCCUCCCCUUCCAUCUGACCCUAGCUUAUAAGGUCUCAUAAGGACUGGGGCUCCACAAGGAGAGCAACAGAACCAAAAUAUCUUGCCACAGGGGUCUUUUGUGAGACCGAUACUCCAACCAAGGACAAUGAAUGGAGAUAACCUAGACACCCUGCUCAGAUGUAGCCCAUAGUAGUUCAGUGUCCAAGUGUGUUCCCUAGUAGGGGAACAGGGACUGUCUCUGACAUGAGCUCAGUGGCUAGCUCUUUGAUCACCUCCCCCUGAGUGGGGAGCAGCCUUACCAGGCCACAGAGGAGGAGAAUGCAGCCAGUCCUGAUGAGACCUGAUGAACUUUUUUUAUAAGUCUAGUGCUAUGCUCUUCCUCUAACUCUCUAAUAGUCUUCCCUUAGGACUAGGCAGUUUUCCUUCCUCUUAAGUUGUGUUAUGCAGACUAUUAAGUCCGGCUGUUUUACUUGUUCUUUUAUGUAAAAUAAUCCUUUAAUUUCCAAGUGAAAAUAUUUGGUUUCUUGAUAGUGGCCUCACUAGUAUGUGGGCAAAGUCCUAGAAGUAUUAUGGGAACACUCCCUGAUAAUCAUGCAAUAACUGGAGGGCAAAACGGCACCCAGAGCUUGCUAGUGUUGUUAGGAUUGAGUUCACGUUUAUCUUUUGUAUCCUGGCAAGUACUCCUGCAGGCCAGGAAGUAUAAUAAAAUGUCUAAUGAGGAUGAACUGGUGCAUUACAUUAUUUUUUUAUUUUUACCACUGGUUUUCAUAAUGGCAAACGGCUUUGUGUAUAAACCUUCCAUUAGUGUGAUGCUAUUUUAGUAAUAUAUUUGUUUCUGUGAAAAUGUAUUGUGCCUUAAUACCUAAAUUCUGUAAAAUGUUGCUGUUCCUGUUUUUUUUUUCCCUGAUGGUGAACUUAAUCAUUUUUCAUAAGCAUAUUAAAAUUAAUCAGUUUCAAAAA